AUGAGUUCCUACCAGCAGAAGCAGCCCUUUGUCGCACAUCCUCAGCCUCAACAGCAUCAAGUGAAGCAACCUUGUCAGCCUCCACCACAAGGACAAUCUGUUCCCAUAACCACCACGGAGCCAUGCCGCACAGAUGUUCCACAACCAGGAAACACCAAGAUUCUGGAGCCAUGCAAUACCAAAGUGCCUGAGCCAGGCUGUACUGUCGUCCUUGAGCCAGAUUAUACCACAAUGCCUGGACCAAGCUCCACCAAGAUCCCUGAGCCAGAUUAUACCACAAUGCUUGGACCAGGUACUACCAACAUCCCUGAGCCGGAUUAUACCACAAUGCCUGGACCAGGCUCUACCAACAUCCCUGAGCCGGAUUAUACCACAAUGCCUGGACAAGGCUCUACCAACAUCCCUGAGCCAGAUUAUACCACAAUGCUUGGACCAGGUACUACCAAAAUCCCUGAACCAGAUUAUACCACAAUGCCUGGACCAGGCUCCACCAAGAUCCCUGAGCCAGAUUAUACCACAAUGCUUGGACCAGGUACUACCAAAAUCCCUGAACCAGAUUAUACCACAAUGCCUGGACCAGGCUCCACCAAGAUCCCUGAGCCAGAUUAUACCACAAUGCUUGGACCAGGUACUACCAAAAUCCCUGAACCAGAUUAUACCACAAUGUCUGGACAAGGCUCCACCAAGAUCCCUGAGCCAGAUUAUACCACAAUGCUUGGACCAGGUACUACCAAAAUCCCUGAGCCAGAUUAUACCACAAUGCCUGGAUCAGGCUCCACCAAGAUCCCUGAGCCAGAUUAUACCACAAUGCUUGGACCAGGUACUACCAAAAUCCCUGAACCAGAUUAUACCACAAUGCCUGGACCAGGCUCCACCAAGAUCCCUGAGCCAGAUUAUACCACAAUACUUGGACCAGGUACUACCAAAAUCCCUGAGCCAGAUUAUACCACAAUGCUUGGACCAGGUACUACCAAAAUCCCUGAACCAGAUUAUACCACAAUGCCUGGACCAGGCUCCACCAAGAUCCCUGAGCCAGAUUAUACCACAAUGCUUGGACCAGGUACUACCAAAAUCCCUGAACCAGAUUAUACCACAAUGCCUGGACCAGGCUCCACCAAGAUCCCUGAGCCAGAUUAUACCACAAUGCUUGGACCAGGUACUACCAAAAUCCCUGAACCAGAUUAUACCACAAUGCCUGGACAAGGCUCCACCAAGAUCCCUGAGCCAGAUUAUACCACAAUGCUUGGACCAGGUACUACCAAAAUCCCUGAGCCAGAUUAUACCACAAUGCCUGGACCAGGCUCCACCAAGAUCCCUGAGCCAGAUUAUACCACAAUGCUUGGACCAGGUACUACCAAAAUCCCUGAGCCAGAUUAUACCACAAUGCCUGGACAAGGCUCCACCAACAUCCCUGAGCCAGAUUAUACCACAAUUCUUGGACCAGGUACUACCAAAAUCCCUGAGCCAGAUUAUACCACAAUGCUGGGGCCAGGUACUACCAAAAUCCCUGAGCCAGAUUAUACCACAAUGCCUGGACCAAGCUCCACCAACAUCCCUGAGCCAGAUUAUACCACAAUGCUGGGGCCAGGUACUACCAAAAUCCCUGAACCAGAUUAUACCACAAUGCCUGGACCAGGCUCCACCAAGAUCCCUGAGCCAGAUUAUACCACAAUGCUUGGGCCAGGUACUACCCAAAUCCCUGAGCCAGAUUAUACCACAAUGCCUGGACCAGGCUCCACCAAGAUCCCUGAGCCAGAUUAUACCACAAUACUUGGACCAGGUACUACCAAAAUCCCUGAGCCAGAUUAUACCACAAUGCCUGGACAAGGCUCCACCAACAUCCCUGAGCCAGAUUAUACCACAAUUCUUGGACCAGGUACUACCAAAAUCCCUGAGCCAGAUUAUACCACAAUGCCUGGACCAAGCUCCACCAAGAUCCCUGAGCCAGAUUAUACCACAAUGCCUGGGCCAUGCUCUACCAACACCACUGAGCCAGCUUGCACCAUGGUUCCUGAGCCAUGUUCCACCAAUAUCCCUGACUCAGGUUGUAUCGUGGUUUCUGGGCCAUGCUCUACCAAUGUCCCUGAACCUGGCUAUGUGAAUGCCUCAGAGUCCAACUAUACCAAGGUCCCUAAUCAGGGCUAUACCAAGGUACCUGGUCAGGGAUAUUCUAAGGUACCAGAGCCAUGCCAAUCCAAGGUUACUGAGGUAUACCCCACAAAUGUCACUCCAGAAUUGGCUCAGCAGAAGACUAAGCAGAAGUAA